AUGGCGGAUAGAGAGACUCCCAGGCGCAGUGGCAAGCACCACCCCAAAGACGUUCCGAAGAUGACCGAGGAGCAGAAAGAAGCCCUUUGCAACGUGAAUGUGACUUCAGACCUGUACCACGACCAGCGCAGCCUGGUCCAGAUCUGGCGCGACGCGGGCAUUCGCUACGACGAGCAUGUCAUGCCGCCGCCCUCGGGUCCGCGCGCUCAUGGUCAGCAGCAUCGCCAGACCAACGGCAGCAGGGGCUCGUCCGUUGUCGGCUCGUCCGUUGUCGGCUCGUCCGGUCCCAGCUCCGCUCAUCAGUCCAUGUCCCAAUCUCUUGUGCCCAUCGGCUCUCCUCCGUUCAGGAACCACCCUGUCACCAACUUCACCAACGGCACCUAUCCCAACGGCAGCUACUCCAACGCCAACUAUACCAACGGCACCUCCAUGAACAGCACCAACGCGAAUGGCUAUAACGCGAACGGCUACAACGCGAAUGGCGGCUACAUGAAUGAACACUAUCAGAACGGCAACAGCGUGAAUGCGAACCAUACCAACGGUACCUGUGCGAACGGUGCCUACGCCAACAGCACCACCUCAUCGGCCAGCGUCUCGCAGUCUUCCAACGGUUUUCACCUGCGGGCUCCUUCGACCUUUGACGUCCAGCAGCAGGCUGCUUUCCGUCCCGCCCCCCGCAUGGGCGACCCUGCUACCGCAUACUUUGUCCCCAGCCAGGCCAGCACCAACACCGCCACUGCCACUGCGACCGAGGCUGCCAAUGCCGACAACUUCCGCGCCAACAACAUCGACAGUGACGGCUUCUUCACCAAGAGCUCUGAUGAUGAGAUUGCAGCCAUGCUUCGCCGCCUCAUGCCGAACGGCCAGCCGAACGCCGUUGAAGAGGAUCUCGCGAGAUUCUACAACACCCAGAGGGAUGGCCGUGGCGACGGCGACGGCGACGGCGACGGCAACGGCCAGGACGGCGGUGCUGGUGCCGAUGGCCCCGGUCACCGCCGCAUGAACACCCGCUAA